AUGGCGCGCGUGUCUGGGGCGCGCCGUCAAGGGGGAGGGUCCGCCGCGGGCAAUCAGAGGCGCAGCGGCGGCCGUUUUCGGGGAACCACGGCUCUGGAAUUUCCAGGAAAGUCCUCAAAGAAAGGGAGGCUUUUCGAGACUGAAGCUGACCGUUUCGGCGUUGACGAAGUAGAAGAGUCCUAUCGCGCGCGGGAGCGGCGCAAGCUGGGUGCUGGGGGUUCCUCUGCCGAGGACUUCAUUCGCCUUGCGGAUGGCGCUGAUGAGGACGACAGCGACGAUGAGCAGGAGCGCCGACUUAUGGGACUUGAGGGUGCAGAAGACGUCCUAGAAGAGGAGGAAGACGACGAUGAGGAAGAUGGAGAAGAUGAGGACGAAGAGGUAGAUGAAGAUAGGGAGGAUGACGACGAAAAUGGGCCGCGCACGGCGUGGGGUCGGUCGGCAAAGGCAUUCUACGGGGACGAAGACGAGGCGGAGGAGUCGGCCGAUGAGGAAGAGAACAUGCGUCUGAGAGAAGAAGAGGCGCGGCAGAUCGAAGAAGAGGAGGAAGUUGAGGGGCUGGACGAAGACGACUUCGGCUUGGCGCAGCUGGCUGAAGUUGCUCGCGGCCAGCGGAAGAAGGGAGCCUCGCGGGCCGCGGGUGGAGCCGGCGGCGAAGUAUCAGAGGAUGUCGAAGAAGCGAGCGGGAGCGACAGUGAUCUGCACGCGAUUCUCAGCGGGCUGGGUGCAACCUCGGCGCUUGAGAGAGACAGCGAAAAAACGACAGUCCACCGUCUUCUUUCGUCAGCGGAAUUCAAGGCGCUCUCCAAGGCGGAGCGACAAAGGAUUUUGACGCAGGAGCAUCCGGAGCUGCAGAGCCUGCUCGAUCAGCUGCGCACGUCUCUGAAGGACGUGCGCGGCACUCUCCGCCCUUUGCUCCGCAAGGCGAAGGCCCGACAACUCAUGACUAAGGAGGGCCUUUCAUUUCUAGACACGAAGAAUCAGUUGCUGGUGGCGUAUCUGACGUAUCUGAGCUACUACCUGUUGCUGAAGACCCACGGCAUCUCCGUGGUUGAUCACCCUGUGAUUGAGAGGCUCGUGGAGGUCCGCGUCCUCCUCGAGAAGCUGAAGCCGAUUGACGAGCGUCUGCAAUUUCAGAUCGAACGCUUGCUGCAAGCUGCGCAGAAGAAGAGCCACAAGAACGCCGACGACGAUGAGGCGGACGACGAUGCGGAGGCGCGGCCCCGUCCUGACCUUUUGCUGGGUGUGGGAGAGGAGAGAGAAGACGGCGAGUCCACAACAGACGACGAAGAGGAGGGCGAGAAGCCGAAGAAGGGAAGGAAGACCGAAGAUGAGGACGACGUGCCUCAAGUUUACAAACCUCCCAAGAUUCUCGCAAUGGACUAUCACGCUGAAGACCAGGUGAACAACGUCAAGGCGAAGGCUGCGCGUGAACUGCGCCGCGCUGCAGAGCGUCUGAAGCGCAGCGAACUGGUGCGAGCUGUCCGCGAGGAAGUCGGCGACGCGCCUGAGGAGGUCGGCAUCGAGCAGUGGAUUCAGGUUCAGCAGACUCGGUUGGGCUCGGCGGCGUCGAUCGCCAAGCAGCGGGCGCGUGAGGCCUUCGAGGAGGAGAACAUGGUGCGACUUUCGAUGUCCAAAAAGGAUCGUAAAGAGCAGCAGAAGGCCAAAAAGCUGGAAGAGCAUCAGCGACGCAUGACAGUGGGAACGACUUUAGGCGAGUUGACCGCGUUCUCAGAGUCCACUCUGGAUGCUUUGGGAGACGAUGACGAUCCCACGUUGGGUCGCGCGGGAGUCAACAAGAAGAAGCAGACGAAUGCUUUGAACGCCUACUUGAACGCCGCGAAACAGGCAUCUGAAACAGCGCGCAAGGCCGAGGCGGCUCUCCAGGCAGAUCGCGCAAUCCUGUCGAGACAGGAAAAUCAGAAGGCGCACUCUUUCAACCAACUCAUUAGCAAGCAGAAGAAGGAGAAAGAAAGAAGCAUGCGCUCUUCGGACGACGCAGAGUUCGAUGACGAUGUCUUUUCCAGCAAACGGAAGGGAAAGCGACAGGAUUACAGCGACGGCGGGGACGUCCCGCAGUACCGGGAAGAGGAUCUCGAAGCAUUUGAUGAACUGCUCGAGACCCAGAAGAGCCGAAAGGCAGCCAAGAAGAAGCAGAUGGAAGAGAGGGCUAAAGAGUUUAUCCCGAGCAUUCCAGAUGAAGUCGACGGACAGAGAGCAACAACGCGGCAGAUUCUGAAAAACAAGGGUCUCACCCGCAAGAGGAAGAAGUACGAGGGUAACGCGCGUGUCCACAACAGGAUGAAGUUCGAAAGCAAGAUGAAGAAGUUGAAGACGAUCCGGCCUCCGGGGCGCGCGGUUGAGGGCGAUUCGUAUAUGGGAGAAGAAUCAGGUAUCAGGUCAAACCUCAAGAAGUCGCGGAACUUGUCGUAA